AGGUGGCUGUUAUUCACCAAGAAGGAAAAUUCUCCUGCACACUUCCUGGCCUGAGAUGUCAUCCUCACAAGUCACUCCCACCUUGACUGCACCUCCUGCCUCACAUAGCAAUUGUCCUCACACCUGGGACCAGCAAACGAAGAGCCAGAUAAACAGGCAAUCUUGAACCUGGCAGUAUCGACACUCUCAGGAGUCUGAUUGAAGGAAGAACAAGAUUGGAGUGGGAAAAGUGUAGCUUUUAGACGUGGAAACUUUGUUUGCCAGUUUGUUAGAUUUGGACAAUGGAGUGGACCAAGCAUAUGGAAGUCAUCAACGUGACCAACUUUCCAAUGAUACCCAUAGAUGAGCACCUGACACUCUCGCUCCGCGCACGGCAGGCGACGGAGGAUGCUCUGAGGAAGGAUUUAAAGGACCAUCCACCCUCAUGCCUUAUUGGCUCUCUGCAGCAGGUGAACCAGAAGAUUGGUGAAAUAGACCUGAGUCUCAAUGUGAUGACCAAGAGACUGGCGAUUGAGAAAUAUGAGUCGGAGAAGAAUGUUUUAAAAGAGAAAAGUCGCAGCAGCCCAGCAGACAGAGUCAAAAGAUCCAAAAGAAUGCCACUUUCCUGUAAAGGCUCAGACCUCCGGCAUGUCAGGUCAACCAUCAUUAAAAGGAAAACAGCAGAUAAAAAUCUGCUGGCAGAGCGAUACCAGCCCCCUCAAUUUAACCCAGCCCAACCCAACGAGCUUCCCAACAGAGUGGACUUCUGUAACUUGGUGGGUAACGUGAUCCGGGCAGAGAAAAACCGUUUAAGUGGCAAGUGUUUCUGUUCAGAUAUAGAAUUAGAGAGGUUUCUCACUUCUCGUUUUCCCAAAGCCAUAUGGCUGGAUAGCUUCUGGUGGAUAUUUCAUGAGAGGUACCAGCCGAACAAGGAAAUCCAGAAUCAGCUGUUUGACCGGAUAGCCCUACACUAUGCCAACCUUUUGUUCCAUUUACCCAGGUCCCACUACGAAGAGGCUCUCUUAAAAAAGUUCCCAAUGCUUCUGAGCAAAGCCCUCUACACCAGCUUCUGCUGCUGCUUCCCACAGUCCUGGUUCAACACACACGAAUUCAAGACGGAGAUCUGUAACACCAUGAGCUUGUGGAUAACAGGGACAUAUCCAUGUGUACAGAGCUAUAAGCUGUGGGACUAUUCAGAACUGGAUCCAGAGGGAUUCCGGAGAGAGGAAUUACUAUCUCAGAGAAAGCAGCAGAUCAAAGGAAGAAACACUUCUCUCUUCUCUUUGAAGAAAUCCUCUCUUAAAUCAAGCCAGAGGAAAAAAACCCACUCUCAGUCUUGUAGUGGAUAUACAACCAAUGACAAAACCCUUUCUGGCAAGUUGAAUGCAGAAGAAAUGUGGCAAAUGCAGGGUGCUGUCAAAGGAAACCCUCGUCGUCAGACACUCAUCUGGAGAAAAGCCACACGGCAAGUGAAGAGAAUAUCAGAAGCCAGAGAAUGUGAAAAUAUGUUUAAAGAGUCCUCCAUUGCCUGCAAAAAUCCUGAGCCGACCUGUAGCCUCUUCAAUCUCUAUGGGAAGAGCCCGCUGAUCAUGUACUUUCUUCUUAACUAUGCUACCCUGCACCAUCGUGGCCAGGAUGUGCUGAUAACCCGGAGGGAAAGGACCAAAGCCCUACCUGACUCUACCCCAACUUAUGCUGACAUCAUCAGCCUGACCCUGAACAACAUGAAGAAGAGAAGGGAAAGAUUGAACCAGCUCUACCGGCUACACUGGGAGGAAUGGAAUUAUUUUAAUAGUUACUUACAGGGACUGCAAAACGACUUCCUAAGGUACAAAGGCUUUGGGGAAAGACAGGUUGUUUUUCAUUUGUCCAUUGCCACAGGUGUCCUAAGGCUUGGACACAGGUCCUGGACACUAUCCCUGAGCUGCUUUUGCUCAAAGCUAGCUCCAGCUUUUUGGUGAUUAAUUGGAGACAAGAUUCUCAAAGACUUUUCUGCCUGGGCUGGCUUCAAAUCGUGAUCCUCAGAUCUCAGCCUCCCUCCUGAGUAGCUAGGAUUACAGGGGUGAGCCACCAGUGCCUGGCAAAAGCCAGCCCUUUUAUAUCUCCUUAUAAUACCAGAGAAGUAUAGGACAGCAUCUUUUUUAUUUUUUCUUUUUGAAAUGAGGUCUUGCUGUCAACACAGCAAGGUCCAGGGUGGUCUCCAAACUCAUAGGCCCAAGCAAUCCUCUUGCCUCAGCUUCCUUA